AUGUGUCUGUAUUGUGUAUAUCUAGCGAGAUAUGGCUACCUUGUGCCCGGCGCCCAACACUCGCCAGCCUUACUUAAAGAUGCGAUCACAUCCUUUCAAGAAUAUGCGAACCUGAAGAGGACGGGUAUUUUAGACGAGGCGACACGAGAUAAACUCCAAGCCGACAGGUGCGGGGUGGCCGACAUCGGGGUUGCCGGUCAGGUGGGCUAUCACCAGCAGGGAACUAAUCCAAGGAGUCGAAUGAAGAGAAAUGCAAAUUGUAAGAAGUGGCGUACCCUGGGUGUCACGUGCUAUUCUAAACCAGUUUCAAAAUGGUCGAAUAAUGAUUUGACGUACUACUUCAAGAACUUCACCCCCGAUCUUUCCAAAUCAGAGACCAGGGAGGCUAUUCAAAGAGCUUUUAAACUCUGGGCCGAUGUCACACCCUUGACGUUUACCGAGACAACAUCAGUAUCUGCCGACAUCAUCAUCGAAUUCGCAAGAGGGAUACACGGUUUCCUUCAUAUUUUUGACGGUCCCGGAGGAAUUCUUGCUGAUGCAGCACCCCCAGAAAUCGGAUACGUCCACUUCGACGAAGACGAAACAUUUGUCGUCGAUGAUGACGGCGACGAAAGACCGGGCCACAUCGUCAAUCUCUUUUACGUAGCCGCCCACGAAUUCGGUCACAGUUUGGGCCUUGAACAUUCUAACGUCACCUCAGCUCUCAUGUACGCAUACUAUAACAAAGAUGACCGCUUACCAACAAACAUCAAUGAAUUCCAGCUCCAUCAGGAUGAUAUAGAUGCCAUCCAACGCCUCUAUGGUGGACCAACAAAUGUCACUGGCACUGACCGGGGGACCAGCGGGGGCGUGAUACCUGCUGAUUGCGACAUCCCAUGGGAUGCUGCUACAACUUAUCCUCGCAUGGAUGCCUUCUAUGCCUUCAAGGGCCACUUGGUAUGGGCCAUGGAUCGUUCCGGAAUCCACGAAGGAUAUCCAAAAAAUAUCAGCCAAGUUUUCAGAGGGGCGCCUUCCCGUGUCCAAGCUGUUGUUCAUCAAACAGAAAAGACAUACAUGUUCAAAGGUAAGAAAAUAUGGAGAUUCAAUGGCAAUAGGAGGCUGGAGAAAGGCUUCCCCCGUCCAUCUCCCGUCGGGUUUCCUACUGCACCCGAUGCAGCUCUCCAAGCAAACCAGAAGAUCUACAUUUUCAAAGGAGCUUCAUUCCAAGAGUUUUUCCCACAUAACCUCACCGUGGGCGCACCAAGCGAUAUCAGCCAGCAUUGGGGUGGAAUUCCAAGCAACAUUGAUGCUGCUCUGCAGUGGUUCAACGGAAAGACAUACUUCUUCAAAGACAAUGAAUAUUGGAGGUUUAACUAUAAUAAAAUGAAAGCAGCUAAUGGUUAUCCAAAGCCAUUGUCCGAGUACUGGAUGGGGUGCGGCCAGCCCGAUGUCCGUCCACGCUCUCCUUUGUAA